AGGGUUGAUACAUAUAGUUUUCUUUCUAGGGCGGAAGAAUGGAUGUGGAGGAGGAGGGCGAUGCUGCGCCGGCGCCCGGCCCAGCCCCCGCGCCCACGCGCAAGCCCAAGCGCCCGCUCGACUUCGAGCACGCAUUCCUGGAUGCGUUGCCCUGUGCCGCCAUGUACGAGAAGAGCUUCAUGCACAGGGACGUCGUCACGCACGUCGCGGUGUCCGUCGCCGAUUUCUUCAUCACUGGUAGCUGUGACGGGCAUCUCAAGUUUUGGAAGAAGAAAGGAACUGGAGUGGAGUUUGUGAAGCACUUUCGCUCCCAUGUUGGCCCCAUUGAAGGACUGGCUGUGAGCGCAGACGGCCUUCUCUGUUGUACUAUAUCGAACGAUCGCUCCGCGAAAAUCUACGAUGUUGUCAAUUACGACAUGAUUUCAAUGCUGCGGCUCUCUUUUGUUCCCGGGGCGGCUGAGUGGGUUGUCAAGCAAGGAAGCACCGACUCAAAGCUUGCCAUUAGUGACAGAGCGACGCCUGCUGUUCACAUUUUUGAUGCUCGUUCUGGGAGCAACGACCCUCUGAUUUCCAACGAGGUGCAUGGCUCCCCUGUCAAACUGAUGAAGUUUAUCCCGGCAUUCGAUACCGUAGUCUCGAUCGACGACAAAGGAAUGAUUGAGUAUUGGUUGACAAAAACCAUGGAGUUCCCUUACAAAGUUGUGAAUUUCAAGUAUAAAACUGAAACUGAUCUGUACACUCUAGCAAAAUGUAAAACAACAGUGUCUGCCUUGGAGGUUAGUCAGGACGGGCUACAAUUUGUGACCUCGUCACCAGAUAGGCGCAUCCGCGUGUUUAGAUUUAAAACAGGUAAACUGAGGCGGACCUUUGAUGAAUCACUGGAGGUCGCACAAGAUUUGCAGAGAAGUGACCAGCCACUGUGCCGGCUAGAUGCUUUUGACUUCGGGCGCCGCAUGGCCGUUGAGAAGGAAAUUGAGAAAGCGGAGAACGUCCCACCCGCCAACGCAAUCUUCGACGAGAGUGGCAACUUUUUGCUUUAUGCAACACUCUUGGGAGUUAAGGUUGUCAAUCUGUCCACCAACAAAGUGGCGAGAAUCCUUGGUAAGGUGGAAAACACGGAAAGGUUUUUAAGAAUUGCGCUGUACCAAGGGGGAAGCGGUGUCAAAAAGGUCAAGAAGAUUGGUGCCAAUGCUGUAGACCAGAAGGAGUCCGUGACAGAUCCAACCCUCAUCUGCUGCGCAUUUAAAAAGCACCGUUUCUAUAUUUUCAGCCGGAGGGAGCCUGAAGAAGCAGAGGAUGCAUCCAAGGGCCGGGAUGUCUUCAACGAGAAACCCCCGCCUGAGGAGUUGCUGGCAAUAUCGGACGUUGGCAAGGCUACCACUACUUCCUUGCCCCUGAACGUGAUGAUGCAUACGACCUUGGGAGACAUCCACAUACGUCUCUACCCCGAGGAAUGCCCGAGGACCGUGGAGAACUUUACUACGCACUGUCGGAAUGGUUAUUACGACAACCUGAUAUUCCAUCGGGUGAUCAGAGGCUUUAUGAUCCAGACGGGCGACCCGCUGGGAGACGGCACAGGCGGGCAGUCAAUUUGGGGGGGUGAAUUCGAAGACGAGUUCCACAAGAGCCUUCGACAUGAUCGCCCGUUUACCGUGUCCAUGGCGAAUGCGGGGCUCAACACCAACGGGUCGCAGUUUUUUAUUACGACAGUGGCGACACCGUGGCUGGACAACAAGCACACCGUGUUUGGCCGCGUCGUCAAAGGCAUGGAUGUCGUGCAGGUAAAGAAAGCAAUUGCUACAACAACAACAACAGCAACAACAACAGUGUUGUUGUGUAGAGGGCUUCGCUCUCUCUCUCUCUCUCCUCGUGUUGGCAUUGAUUUGUUUUGUGAACGUAAAAAACAGGCCAUCGAGAAGGUGAAGACGGACAAGAGCGACAAGCCAUACCAGGACGUGAAAAUUCUCAACGUGACGGUGCCCAAGGGAUAAGCUUGGAGGCGUGGAGCGAGCAAGGAGGAAACAAAGGGCCAGGGAAAAAGGAAAAAAAAGGUGGGGUGGGGCCGCGACAACGUGUUUGAGCACGUGGUUUUCACGCCAAUUUGAGGCAGCUGGGUAAAUGGAAAAUGUGGCCCUUUAAACCUA